AUGGGUGUCUUUUUGAAGACGUUUCUGAGGUUUCUCACUUUGCUGCUAUUUGCUGGUAACACUCUACUGCUAAUCCUUAUAGUGCUCUCCGGUGCUAUCACUUCGACGCCCAUAGACAGAUUUUACUGGGUUGAGGCAGAUACCGCGGGGAUCCCUAAUGCUGGGGACACUACAAGGUGGACCUUCUGGGGUGCAUGCACCGUGGAAAACGGGAUCACAACGUGCGAUCGCUACUUGCAACCUGCAGCGCCAAUUUCCCCCGUGGAUAAUUUCCACACGAAGGAGGAGGUGCCCCAUAGUUUCAUCGCUCAUAGGGACCGGUACUACUAUCUGAGCCGGUUUUCAUUCUGUUUCAUUUGGAUUGCGUUGGCGUUCAUUGGUAUUGCCUUCCUGCUGUUUGUUUUGUCAUGGUUUUCCCAGUCUAUCUCGCAAGUGGUGUUGAUCUUGUCCAUUGUGGGUUGUAUUUUCGACUCCGUUGCGGUCAUAUUACAAACCGCGGUCUCUGUGUUGGCCAGAAACGCAUUCCAUGGCGGGGACCGCGAUGCGCGGAUCAGUGCUCCGUUGCUGGGGAUCGCUUGGGCCUCCCUGGUGUGCUCUGUAUACAACGCUAUAAUGUCUGGAUACUGGUGGAAUACAGCCAAGAAGAAUAUGGGCAGCAGUUCAUACGUGAACGAUGGGUUCUUCCACAGGGAAAAGGACAAUUACAACGUUCCUGAACCAAUAGAGGCGUACCCAACUACUGCAGGCACUGCCACUGCGGUCCCAUCAACAUUCCCCGGUAACGCAAGCUCUAUCGACUACGAUGAGGAGAAUGCAGCCGCCGCUGCUGCGGGGGCCUCCCCCCGCGUGGCCGCACCGGCUACAGCCAAUGCCGGUGUCGCAUCGCCGGAGAACACCCACAAAGGUAUAAGAUUCUUCACCGUCAGACAGCAGAAUAAAACCGUUCCUGACGACGAUGACUCGGUGUAA